AUGAUCGAAGCGUCUGAAGACGCCAAAGACGAGCGCAAACGGCGACGAAGAGAAAAGCGAGCCAGGCUUGGACUUCCGCCCUCCAAGGAGAGUGCGCAGGACCUCCGUUCUUCAAAGACAAAAGGCCGGCCAGUCCAGCAAGUCUCGGGGGCUGAGGUGGAAUCCUCAGCAUCUGAUGACGACGCUCCCCUCGUGCAAGCGAGGGCACGAAGCAACACACCUCUACCGCAUCCCAGUCAGCCAGAUAAUCCCCUUGGAUCGCACAAAAUAUCCUUCCGACUCAAGGCCCGCAAUCCUGCUCCUGAAAAAAUGUCCGUUUCUACUACUCCACGCCCAAGAAUAGCGGCACCUGAGCCUGUUGCUAUAACCAUGACGGACGACCGCGCUAAGAGGAGAACCCUUCCACAUAUCCUGCACAGGGCCAAAGAACAGCGAAAAUCUUCUGCAGAUGAAAACAACAAAACUUGGAAACUCUAUUCGACUUCGAACAAGUUUGAAAAGGCCACACGACAGGAUCAUGAACCACUUCAAGAACAGUUGGAAUUACAAAAGCCUGGAGACUGGACGCCAUUUCAAAUGUCCUCGUAUUUGAGAGAGAAACGAAGCAAAGAAAAUGACAGUCUCUUUGUGGAGCAAGAUGAUGACGAUGACGAUGACGAUGACGAUGACGAUAUGAAUAUUGACGCCCCUUCGACGCCGUUAUUCAAUAGCACACAUAGCUCUCCAAUCUUGACUAGUACUACUUUCGAAAAGCAGCUACAAAUUUCGCCGGUGCAAAAUAAAAACAAUUUUCAAUUCUUGUCAAAGCCCCCGACAGGCCCCCGUUUUCUCACUUCUCCUAAGAAAAUCUACCGGGUGAACAGUCGUGAACUGAGUAAAAAGUCAGAUCUCCUAUGUUUGCUUUCAUAUGGUUCCGACGAGGUAGAAGUUGGAGAGGUUCGAAAUAUCGAUCUUGUCUUCGAUGAACUCUGCAGCUUGAACCAUUAUCGCGCCAUCACAAAUGAGACAGGGAAUGACAUUCAGUUCAACGGCUGCAUUACUGCCUUUAGUGAUACCCAGGAAAAACUCAACCAAUUUGGCAAGCUCUUGCUAGAAAAAGAUUUCGUUGCCAUGGCAAGGAUUCCAAACAAAUUUUACCCUCAUUUUUCAAUUACGCUCCUCUGUUUUCCAGCGCAGUCAAGAGGUUUCUCAUUCUUGAAUAGAUACUCGUACGAGGCUGCAGAGGGAUCACUCCGCAUUGCAGGCGUUAUUGGUCUAUUACCGCGUGUGUCUCAGACAAGAGUUCGCCGACAUGUUGAUAAUGGAAGCGAACACGGAAACUCUAGCAGGCUGGAAAGGCCGGAGCGACAAGGACGGUUUUACGAAUCAACAUAUUCUCAAAAGGAAGAUUUGCUUUCUCAGAGGCGCUUAUCUCUAGGGGCGCCUUCUGUUUCACGUGCAGACAUGCAACCUUUUUCGACAAUAUCCACACCAAACCCUCUGAAAGUACGAAAGGUUUCAAAGACACCCAUAUCCCCUUCAAAGAAAUCUUCCGAUAAGAACACCGAAACAGUCCCAACGCUCAACUCAGAUGACACGGGCCCCAGCAUUCCUCAAAAACUCCAGUUAAAUACUUCAAUGGCCAAAAAGACGCAGAUUCUAGGCAACACUUUGUCCGCUGAGCCCGAAUCGGUAGACAUUAGCCCAUUGACAACCUCUUUUAAUGGAAGGAGUGUUGUUAAUUCAGUCCCUAAGUCUACAGUUCAAAAAUUACAGUCGGCAAGCUCGGGUCUUGGUGGUGACAAGAGACCAGUCACGGGGUCUACUCCUCCACAUGGUGGAAAGGCCGUUGAACCAAGUCCCGAUACAAGAUCUGUUAGGCCGUUGUCUACUAUAUCAGAUGCAAUGGACAUUGCUGAUUCGUCGAUGGACUAUCUUCUGGCUUCUGGGAACGCCCCGCUACCUGCUGCGGACACAUCAAUGAAUGAACAACCAACGGACAGCGCUGGGGGCAGGCAGGAUGUGGAAAUGUUGGAUGCAAGCGCCAUGGAAAACGUCAAUGUCGAAGAUUACUUAAAGGAGGCAUUCCCUAAAGCGUUCAAGUUGAAUUUCAAUAACAUUGCUGCUAUAACUAGCAACAACCGAACCAAAUCAACAAAUUGCUUCUAUUUGCAUUUCCCGGAAGAGGCAAGUGCGGAUUUUCAGAUACUAGAGAAGUAUCUCGACAGCCACUUUGCAAUUGUUCUUUCAAACCGCCGGGCAAACGAUUGGGAGAAGUUCACAAAGUCACAUUCAGGAGUUGCAUUGUUCCACCAUAGUUUUAUGCGUUAUUAUGCGCUCCCCGGCUUAUACAGGCUCACCAGGAAUACGUCGUUUAACUUUUGGAAUGUCUCACUGAGUGGAAAGAUUCCCGGCCUUGAUCAGGAAGUGAACUUUCAGAGGAUUUUCCCUAAUGGGGCAGGUUUUCUUAUGACCGAGGACUUUAUGCUGCAUGAAAUGGACGCAGCGAUCAUCAUCCUGGCUUGGUUCCGAGAGAACUCAAAGUCAAAGCUUCCAGGAAGUUACAGGAUGAUGUUCCGUCCAGAUAUUAUGAACUGGCUGAAUGCAAUGUCUGAGAAAGACCCCCGCUUUAAUGUCAUGGCUGUUCUGAUUGGCGAUAUUGCUUGUCGAGGCGAUUCAUCAAAUUGGCCGACUGAACCUCGCGAUCUUGACCAGUUUGCUGAUCCGUUACUCCAAAGCCCUGCGGUCUCUCUCCAAAAUAUGCCGAAGCCGAAGCACAGUUCUCUAGAGACCAAUUCUGGAGCUCUUUUUGAUCAAGCAACCCAACAACAGAAUGGAGACUAUGUAUGUGAGAUAUUCUCUGCCUGGGCGCUUCUCAACGCGGCGUCGAUGCGACGGUUCUGCAUCAUCACGCAUGAUGAGCCAAGAGAGCUGUGGCGAAGCUGGGCUCACCUCGAGAUAAGCCGCGGCCCCAAUGAAUUUUACCAGAAAUGGGGUGUCCACAAAGAACACUACACGAAAUGGUUGGCCCAAGAUACGUCGAAACUACCGGCAACUGCAAUGCCAGGCAAUCAAACGCCCCAUGGAGCGGGAUCUCCAGUGAAAUCUGUAUGA